UAUUUAUGCUUGUCUCUCCAUUUUGCCUUGACAACUAGUGUUAGUCAUUUCACUGAAUAAGAUCUGCAGAGUAUCGGGAUCAAUUUUUUUAUUAUCUAAAACUUUCCAAGCUGACACCCAACAUGACUGCAGUCUAGUGACUGAAAGAGAUAAAUAUGGUUUUAACUGAAGAUUAUUGUCAAAAUUGUGGUAAGGUAAAAACUUUUAUUUACCAAUGUUCUCAGUGCAAAGCUGUUUCAUAUUGUUCUAAAAAAUGUGAAAGAAUGCACAAAAGGGAACAUGAAAAAGUAUGCUCUACCUCACAAACCACUCAAAAUCAAAGACUGAACCCAUCAUUUGAUGAAUUUACAGAACCAAAAGUAACCAGUUUCAAUAAACACACCAAGCCUACUAAGAUGCAUAUAAAUGUGAGUGAUGAAGCAGAAAGCUUUUGCCAGACAUGUUACAGAACUAAUGUUGCUCUGCGUGGAUGUUCUAAGUGCAAAUCAGUAUUCUACUGCUCAACAAAGUGCCAGAAAAUUGACUGGCCAAUGCAUCGAAACAAUUGUAAGGCUCCAGAGACAAAUACUGAAGAGAACAGUGAGAAACAGACUGGUCAUGAGUAUAGUGGUGAGGGAAGCUCUGCAAAGGGGCCGGUAAAGGAAAACUGUGUAAGUGUAGAUGAUGAGGAAAGAGGUGGGAUAGACAAUAAAGUGAACAACAAGAAUAAAAAUAGACAAAAUAAAGGGCAAGUAAAAAGCAAUUGUGACAACAUGGAGAAAGAGGAAACCAGUAGUAAAGUGGACAUGAAUGAAAUCAGCCAGAAGGAGGGUGACAAAGAAGCUAGCAAGGACAAUAAUGAGAUUAUGAACUGCGAGGGAAAAAAUGGUGAGAAGGAUUUCAGUGAGAAAGAUGCCAGUGAAAAGGAUACCAAUCAAAAGGAAACCAGGCAGAUGAACAUCAAAUCUGAUCUGAAGGAAACUGGAACAAUAAACGGAGAGAAAACUAAUGCAGGAACAAGUCUAAAAUUUACUAUUUUUGAAGCUGUAAGAUGUGAAAACUGUGGAAGUUUUAGUGAAAAUCUAAUGACAUGUAGCCAGUGCAAAAUUGCAAAAUAUUGCUCAAAACCUUGUCAAAUAUCUGCAAGGCAACUUCACAAAAAAUUCUGUAAAUCUCCUAACAGUUUAAAUACCUCACUUUCAAGAAGUCAAGGUAAGUUCUAUACUUUAAAAUACUGUUGGAAUAAACAACAUAUUUUAAAAACUGAAUAUCUUAAAUUUAUUAAUUUAUCAUGUAGGCUCAAAGUCGCUAAUUUGUAAGGGAAUGUCAUAAUAAAUUGAAUCUCUCACAGUAUAUUACUGGUAUUUAGUUGAUUGAUCCAAGAUGAAUGAAAGGCAGGUUUAUCACAAGUUGUAUUUGAGUUCAGAACACAUGGACGGAACUAAAUAUAGAAGGGCAUUUAUUCUUACUUUCUGUUAAUUCUCUCACUUCACCCUUCAUACUGAAUACUAAAUAGAUACUAGUAGAUUAUUAUUCAUCAUCAUCAUUUAACAUCUAACGUCUAUUUUUCGUGCUGGCAUGGGUUGGACGGUUUGACAGGAGCUGGCAAGGCUGGGAGCUAUACUAGACUUCAUUGUCUGCUUCGGCAUGGUUUCUAUGGCUGGACGCCCUUCCUAAUGCCAACCACUUUACAAAGUGCACUGAGUGCAUUUUAUGCUGCACUAGCACUAGUGCUUUUUACUUGGCAUCACUACCACAGGGUCACCAAUCUUUAGCUUAACAUUAUUUUUUAUAUGUUCCCAUAGGUUAACUGAGUCUUGAUCUUCUGAGGCCAAAUUAAUUCCCAAUUAUUCUUUCAUCAUUCAUUAACC